UUUCCCAAUAAAAUGCUCGCUUAUGCCUAUGCCUAUGCCCCAAAUCAUCCCAUCUGCUAAACAUCAUCACCAUCAUUUGCUGUUUUUCCUGCAAAUUCUAGCUUUUUCCAAACAAUGGGUGCCUCAGGAAAAUGGUUUAAAUCGCUUAUAACUUUCAAACCACUUCAAGAUCCUACUAAUCAAGAGAAGGUGGGAGAUAAGACGAAGAAGAAGUGGAGGCUAUGGAGGAGCUCAUCCGAAGGGUUGGGAUCCAUCUCAUCAAAGGUUCCCAGGAUGCACCACGUGGCUGCUUCAGAGGCCUCUGAUUCAUCUUUGUUGGUGGAUGAUGUGCUCGCUUCAGCUAUGGCUACUGUUGCUCGUGCUCCACCCAAAGAUUUCAGAGCUGUUAAGCGGGAAUGGGCCGCCAUUCGAAUCCAGACCGCAUUUCGAGCCUUGCUGGCAAGACGAGCUCUAAGGGCGUUGAAAGCAGUAGUGAGGAUUCAAGCUAUAUUCCGGGGUCGUCAAGUCCGAAAGCAAGCUGCUGUGACAUUAAGGUGUAUGCAAGCUCUUGUCAGAGUCCAAGCUCGAGUAAGAGCACAAUGUGUGACAUCUUCUGAAGGACAAGCUAUGCCCAAACUAAUGGAUGAAGAUCCAGCAAAACAAGCUGAGCGAGGAUGGUGCGACAGUCUGGGAACUUUAGAGGAACUAAGAGCUAAACAACAAAUGAGACAACAAGGUGCAAUCAAGAGGGAGAGAGCAGUAGCAUACUCUGUCUUAAAACAGCAGUCAAGAUCAUGUGCCAGUCCAAAUGCGAGAGCGAAUAAGCAGCCGUACUCUCACAAUCAUCAACGGUUAGAUAGGAAUAGUCCGGAUUGGAAUUGGCUUGAUCGUUGGAUGGCAACCAAGCCCUGGGAUACCAGGGCAAUGGAAGAGGGUACUGAACCAGCAGAGAUGGUGAUGAUGAUGAACACAAUUUCUCGGAAAAGUGAAGAUAACAAUUUCAGCUUCCACUCCAGCUCUUAUGAACAUGAGCCCCUAAAAGUGAAAAGGAACAAUGUCACAACCAGAAUUCUUGCUAGACCUCCUACAUCCAUGCAAACUUCGGGAUCAUUGUCUGCCCCAAGUUCCGAAUCCGUCUAUGAAGAGACCUCGACAUCAACCUCAUCCGCAUCUCCAACCACGUUGUCUAGCAACACUCCCGUUGCAGGCACAUUAGAAGAUAAUCAUGCUCAAAAACCAAGCUACAUGAAUCCCACAGAGUCUAUUAAAGCUAAACAGAAGAAGACAUUCAGGUUUUCUCCUGAUAAUGUGCGGAGGAGACAUGUGGUUGAUGAUGAUUUACAAUAUUUUCAUAAGAAACUGAUGACACUUUCUUGCGAGGACGACACAAAGAGCAGUGCUGAUUCUUAUAAUCCAUCAUUAUAUUUCUCCAGAAAGUUGUACGGAAAGUUGUACGGACCGAGACAAAUGGGUGGGAGGCAAGAUUCCCCAAAAAGGAAUCAUUGGAGCCAAGGUAGACGACAAGCAAAUUCUUUUAUGUAACUAAGAAAGUAUUAUAUAUGCUAUGUAUCCUAAAUUGAGAUCCUGCAAAAGACUUUUUUGUAGUAUUAUGUAACAAGUUCAAGAAAGUGUUUGAUUUAGUAUGUUGGGUUAAUAUACUAUUUGAUACCUAAGUUUUGUUUCAA